AUGGAGCCGUGGCUGGACUCGCUGUCAGAAGACUGGAAGUCUGAACACCGCUCAUCCUCGCCCGCACCGUCUGUCUCGAGCCAUCCUCAGUAUGGUAGUGUCGCACUGGGCCGCUCCCAGAGUCGCAUCCCGCACCUCGCGCACAAUAUCCGUAAAGACUCGUCCGCCGGGAGCUUUCUGAGACACAGGUCAACCCGCGGACAAGCUCGCCAGAGCAGCAAAUCCAUCCUCCGCGAACGCAGCGCCUCCAGCCUCAACGUACCUAAUGCAUCGGGUUCGCAUAAAGCCCCAAGCCUGCCGCGUCGAACGUCUAGCAAUUUCUCAGAGUCCCAGAAUUCGGUGCAACAUCACUCUGUCCACGAGAAACCUGCUCAGGCAGAAACGCCAGAGUGGAAGAGACGGCUUGCCGCGGGGGAAGAUGUCAAUAGCGACGGCUUCGACCUCUUCUCGCCCUCAAAACUCGAGGGCGUCUUCAAACAGCCAAAUUCUUCACAGCUACAGAGUGAUAAAGUCGAAGUGCCCGAAACAGGCUCGUUCCGGAAACCCUUCAACCUACCCGCAACCAAUUUCUUUCCCGAUCAGUACUCGAGCUAUCGAGCCAACAGAAGUCGGCUGAACCUGGGGAUUUUGGAAGAGGUCAAUGAGGAGGAAGAGGUGGCCCAACAAAACUUGUCUGCCGUGUCCUCGGAGCUUGUCAGGACUGGCUCUCUCCGAGAUCUCGUGAAGCAGCGCGUCCAGUCUCUCGAGCGGGUGGGGAGGAGUUACUCAACUCCGUCGUCACCCAGUGGCUAUGAUGCACAAGAUCCUCGAUGGAGGACGAUGAGCGGUCAAGAAGAAUUGCGAAACGAGUUCAUCUCUCCGGUCACGGUGUCCAAGCAGAACUCGAUCCGCGAUACCGUGCUACGGGCAGAUCUCGAUAUACAGGCAUUGAGAAACAAGCUGCAAAGCGCCGCCUCGGAGGGGGACGAUCGGCCCAGCUCGAGCUUGAGCGACAGUCGUAUCAGCUAUACAAGAAAGAAGGAUACCGAAGCACACUUCAAGGACGAGCCCCUCCCUGAUCUGACCUCUCAAUCUUUGCCCGACGACUUGUCGAUGGGGACACAAGAUUUCGUUACAAAUGGAGGCUUCAUAAACUCGCGGCGUGGCGGCCGUUCGAAUGAAGCCUCGUUCCUCCGUAAAAGUCUCAGCUUCAGCCAGGAGCCUUCACAGAUCGAACCAGACUCGCGAGCCGACCUACAUUUUUACAGCUCACCCCCUCCCAGUUCUGGACUUUUCCACGACGGCGUCGAUCUGAGCAGGCUCAGCGCAAGUGCCCCAACCACGCCUCAAGAUACGAGUGUUGUCCACCACACGGAAAGCCAUCUCCGUCCGGCCUCUUCUGGAAGCCCCUUGAAGUUGUUCGGAAACCGAGACACAUACACAAACAAUAAGCUGAUGCGUAUUUUGAGCCAGUUCGAGGAACCCGAUGACUCUAGCGAGAAACUGGCCGGGCCUGCACCAGCAGAAGCACAAGAAACCGAGCUCCGUAUGAGCCAAUUUGGCCAAGGUGAUCUCGAUGGGUUUGGGUUUGAGCAAAACGUCCGCCGACCUUCGCCUAUCGAGCCAACCAUGGUCAAGCCAGAAGAUAGGAUCUUCAAAUCCCUUCUGUCAGAGACGUCGGAUAUUUCUGAAUUGACCCCCGAUACGGCCGCAACAGAAGGAGCGCUCGAACCGGCUCAAGGGAGCGCAGACCGGAAGGAUGCCACCAGCCACGCUGAGAAUGAUAGAACAACCAAACGUCGCAAGACAAUUGUCAAAGACCCAGUGCCGCCAUCAGAUCACGAAGUUGAAGUCAAGGUCGCCGACCUUGGAGAUGCAGCCACAUAUGCCGGAAAGAAGAGAAAGGAUGCUCGGCCUGGAGAUGAAGGAGUUGAGGCCGAUCCAGAAGUCCUUGCUUCGCGCGAUCUGUUGAGACCGAGAUCGGCGCGAAGGACGUCUUCUGUCGGUCGAGCCACUGUCAUACCCAGUGCCGAAGCUACUGACCAAGACCUAACCCCCCAAGCGGGUAACGAGGAUCUCACGGAAGCUUUGGCCGCAGAGUUGGCCACGUUCGCGCAGGAGGCGGCUCAAGUGAACAAUGAUUCACGCAAACCAUCGCUCGCCACCAAGGACUACAUGGAGGAAGCCAACAAGGUCAUGCAGUUCAUUCGGUCCCGAGGAAAACCGAAACCUGCUGCUGCUCUGCCAGAAAUCACUGAGCCAGCUGACGUGUCCGAGCUGAAUCCAGAUGCUAUCCUGGACCUGGACAUUGACGCAGACUCUACCAAGGAUGAUUUUUCUCGACCGCCGUCCCGAGAGAAUAUGCCACGAGCCGCUCAAGACCGUCGUCACGCGCGCCAUGAUUCUCGGACAGCGAGCUAUUUGCGCAAAUAUCGCGACGAAGACGACAUGGACGCUCUGGGGAGCACCUCGGUGUUUGGCACGCUCGCACCAGUAAAUGAAGCCGUUGCUUUGGAAACAGCUGAAACCACAACUUUAGAGGAGUUACAGGAGAGCAAUCCUCCGAACAUGCGGAUUCUGAAUGCCGCUGAUACCAUGAGAAAACGCAAGUACUCCAGCUCCACGGUCGAAGGCCAGCAGGAUUUUACACAAGAUCGUCUGGCUCACACUCAACAAUCCUACCACAGUUCCACUCAGCAGUCCUUCCCUACACGCUCGUCUGCAUCCGGACAGAAGGGUGUCAUUUCUUCUGGGACUGUUUCGAUUCCCGACCGCGUAGGUGCGAUGACGUUCGAUCACGACAAGAAGGUGUGGGUGAAGAAGCUGUCUACCAACGACGGAUCGCGACGAAAUGCCCGACAAGAGCGUCAAACCGUGACCGAAGAUGACCCAUUUGAAGAUAUCCCUGACUUGAGCAUCGACGAACAACGAGAGUUGCAGUCUGACAGGCAGCCUGUCAAGAAUGCUGUGGACCAGCAAGAAACCGUGUUUGAUGUCGAUGUCUCGGAUGCUAGAGACGACUCUCGACUCUCCCCUAAGCCCUUUCCGAACUCCGAUGCCCACCCCAUCAAUGAGGAAUCUCAACACAGAUUGGCAGUCGAAGACGAUGUCGAGGAAAUUGAGCGAAGUUCUCUGCGUUCCAAGGCUUCAGCGCACGAAGCAAAGCUCCACAAUGGCAUCCCGUCCAAGCCCCCAAGCCAGCUCAAGGACGAUCGCAAGCAAGCUCGAGCAGUAACUAUUGCAUUUUCUUCCCCAGUUGUCUCGGCUGUGAACUACGCAAACCUUUCCGAGGACGACUUUGACGAUCUGCCGCGUGAAGAAGACCUUCCCCUUGAUGAUUCGGCAAUUGAGCUUGAUGUUGAGCAAGAUGAGCCAGACUUGCCCCAAAAAGCUGCCCUUCCUCUGUCCACAGACUCCUUCAGAAAAGGCAGUCAAGUGCGAUUACUCAGCCAGGAACGGGUAGUCACAUUCCAGCCUCGGACGAUCUCGCCAAUUGUGGAGGACGAUGAAGAACACUUCGACCCUCAGAUGAGCCUGGUCCAUGUGAAAGUGUCGGAUAUGGUAACCCCGGCGCCUCCAAAAACUAUCGCCAAACUUCAAAAGACCGGCAACAAAGCGUCAAGCAUCCUGUGCUUGACUCCGCUGUCGGAUUUUUCUCUCCAUCAAGUUGAUAAGGCUCGGGAUCCCGACCAGAGUUAUGUUGAUGACAGAAAACACCCCAACGCACUACGGCAAGCUCAUGGCUCGCUCGCGUUGGUUGUGGAUGAACUCAUCAAAGCCAUAACAGAUGCGGCGCCCGACGAACUAUUUUGGGACCAGCUCCGCCGAAUGACGCUUGCUCCAGGCAGUGUGUCGUCAGUGCAUGGUCUGAAAGAUUAUUGUCCAAACUUGGAAGAGCUGGAUAUGUCCGGCAACAAAAUCUCCCAGCUAGGCGGCUUACCACCUACCUUGAGGAUCCUCGACAUCCAGAACAACUUGGUUAAUGACCUGACUUCGUGGAGUCACCUCCGCAAUCUUCAGUACCUCGAUGUAUCCGGGAAUCGGCUAGACAGCUUGGAGGGUUUCAGUUCUCUGGUCCACCUGCGGCGCCUGAACGCCAGCAACAAUCAGAUCUCAAACAUUGACGGAGUCUUGGAUUUGGAUGGCCUGCUCGAACUCGAACUCCGCGACAAUGACUUGACGAGGGUUGAUUUUGAGGGUUGUGAUUUGAAGCGACUGAAGACAUUGAAUCUCAGCCACAACCAACUGGAGGUCGUGGGAAAUAUCCAGUGCUUGCCUGCUCUUGAAGAACUGGAUGUUUCUCACAAUGCUCUGCAGAAUUUCCCGGCGAUCUGCGAUGGCACACCCAUUCCCAUACGGAAGCUGCGGCUCAGCCACAACGAACUCGAGUCCAUUGCCCUGAAACAUAUGCGAACUCUUCGAUACCUGGAUCUAGACAAUAACAAGAUCGGGGACAUUCAGGGGCUGCCCUCGGCAUAUCACCUGGAGUUUUUGUCUCUCAGGUCACAGAGAGAACAAUCAGACAUUGUUGAUGUCGUUCUGUCUACACCGAACGAAUGCCGCCACAUCCGUCUAUCGUCAAACUUGGUGGUGAAUGGGACAUUGAAACUGCCGACAUCGCCUCAAAACAACCUCCGCGAACUAGAGAUCGCGGCCUGUGGCAUUGCAGAGCUUCCUGAGAGGUUUGGCCUGUUUUUUCCCAACUGCCGCCACCUGAACGCGAAUUUCAAUGCCAUCAGGGAGAUUGAUCCGUUGCGGAAGAUGGCUCAUCUCAAUACCUUACUUUUGGCGAAGAAUCGGGUGAAGAAACUGAGACGGACAUGCCUGGUCAUGUCUCGGCUGCCGGCGCUGCGGCAGAUUGAUCUGCGCGACAAUCCCUUAACUGUGGGGUUCUACAGUCCUGCGGCGGCUCAAAUGGCCGAUGUGGAUUCGGCGCGAUACUACCUGCCUGACAGGUCGGAAGCAGACGACGUGUCGUGGCUGAAAGUGCUUGACGAAGUGACGGGCCUCAAACGACGGAUGAUCGAGUUAAUGCUGACGGAGCACUGCAAGAAUCUGGUUCAGCUCGAUGGAUUGAGUCUUUUCCGGGAGCGGUCGCGGUCAGAGGACGAGACAUGGAAUAAACUGACCGGCCAAGGAGUGCUUGUGAAGCCGAGCACCAUGCAAGUGGAAGAAGCUGGUGGGAAGGACGCGAGUGGAAAGUGUAUGGAUGGCGGUGGAUGGAGUCCGCUGCCUGAAGUAUCCAUUGCCAACGACGGGGAUGUAUUUAAUGGAUGA